UGUUAUGCAGUUUAGCAUUGGAAAACUUCAAGAUGUCUAAGAUUCAAGAUCAUCUUAUUCUUAGUUGGAUUGAAGAGGAUGAAGAGACUUUUCCUAAUCUUGGUAGUGAUAGUGAACAAGAUGCUCCUUCAGAGCAUUCACUCCACGAUUCGAACACUGAACAGUCUGGUGAAAGUGACGGGGAUCUAGAGGAUGCAAAUGUAAGCUUUACAAAUCUGGAUGCUCCAUCAACGUCUGCUAUGGACAUAGCGGUGCACGAACCUGUAGCUCAGCCAGUAAGGGAGCCUGGACCUAUCCAAGUGCAGAGUAGGAGACAACAUCCCGGUCCAGUGUAUGUAGGUAAGGAUACUUUCACAAAAUGGUACAUUCAUAAAUCUGAUGCUAGAAGAACGAAAACUUCUCAACAGAAUAUUAUAAAAAAAUUGCCAGGUGUAAAAGGCGCUGCUAAGAACAGUAGAACUAUCUUUGAUUCAUGGAAACUUUUCUUCCCAGAUCAAAUGAUUCAGAACAUUGUCAACUUUACCAAUGACGAGUUGGAUGAUAUCUCCUCAAACUAUGCUCGUGACAAACAAGAUUGUCCUAAUACUAAUGUUGAUGAAUUGCUAUCAUUUUUUGGGGUUCUUUAUAUGUUAGGAGUAAAAAAAGGAAACCACCUAAACACUAGUGAAAUGUGGGUCAAUGAUGGAACUGCCCCUGACUUUUUCAAAGCAGUCAUGUCUCAAAAAAGAUUCCAUCAGCUUGUAAGAGCAAUCAGAUUUGAUGACAAUAGAACCAGGGAGGAACGUAAAAAAAUUGACAACUUGGCUGCAUUUAGGGAUGUAUUCGAAACUUUUGUCAGUUUGUGUAAGGAACACUACACUCCAGGAGAGUACGUUACUAUUGAUGAGAUGCUGGAGGUAUUUCGGGGAAGAUGUAAGUUCAGACAAUACCUGAGCAAUAAACCAGACAAGUAUGGUAUAAAAAUGUAUGCAAUGUCGGACGCUCGAACAUUCUAUGUGUUGAACAUGGAAAUUUAUCCGGGCAAACAGCCCCCGGGCCCUUAUGCGUAUGACAACUCAGCAAGUAGCGUGGUUUUGAGACUAAUGGAACCUAUCGACAGAACAGGAAGGAACAUUACGAUGGAUAAUUACUAUACCUCUGUUCCCCUUGCCAAUGAGUUGUUCAUGCAUCAUAGAACCACUAUAGUAGGGACUAUAAAAAAAAAUAAGCGAGAGAUCCCAGAUUCAUUUAAAGAUGUCAACGGUAGACCAGUAGGCAGCAGCAUGUUUGCUUUUGGCUGUGACCCGAAUAGAGCCACAUUAGUCUCUUAUGUCCCGAAAAAAGGGAAAAAUGUUUUGAUGUUGUCGACAUUUCAUGAUGAUGACUCUAUUGAUCCCGAUUCUGAGGCUAACAAACCAGAGGUCAUUACUUUUUAUAACAUGACCAAAGGUGGGAUCGAUGUUGUAGACAGAAAGAAAAAGGACUACUCUGUAAAACGUAUUAGUAACAGGUGGCCUUUGACGAUUUUUUGUGGACUCCUGAAUCUGGCAACUAUAAAUGGUCAGAUUAUCUACAACCUGAAUACAAAAGACACCAUGCAGAGGAGGACUUUCAUAACGAGCCUUGCGAGGGACCUAGUAAAGCCGCAUAUUCUACAUAGAGCUUCUAUUCAGACCCUCUCACUCCCGUUGAGGACCAGCAUCAGGGCUGUCGCCGGUGUAGAACUUCCUGAGCCAAACCCCCCACCAGUUGUCGAGGGACGAAAACCAAGGUGUCACUACUGCCCUGUCAGGAAAAACAGGUUUACUCCAUACAAAUGCUCAGCUUGUGAAAGAUCCGUAUGCAAGGAGCACACUGCCAAAACAAGCUAUUGGUGCCACAACUGUGCAGCAGAAGGGAACUAGAUCUAAGUUUUUGUUUCUUGUAUUAGUUUCCACUUCACAUGCAUUAUUUUUACAUUAUCAAUUUAAUUUAGAAUGUCUUAAGCAAUAAAA